UGAUCCCAAAUAACUGGGCGCUCUUCUAAACUUAGAGGUGGUGUCCGGGCCCUCGCAGGGGUGUGCGCGGAGUGCUGUGUGGGUCAUGGAAGAGGACGCGGCCACGAUACCGCUUGCGCCGCUGGAGCCGAUUAAUCUCGUGGUCAUCGGCAAAGAUGGGACGGGAAAAACAGCCCUCAUCGUCCGGCUCCUGACACGGCGCUUCAUCCACGAGUACGACCCCAGCCUCGUCAGCGUGUACCCCUUCACGAUCGAAGUCGAUGGCGAGGCCCUCAGUUUGAACCUGAUGGACACUGCGGGAAAGUCCAGGCUCGAGUCUAGCGAGGUGGACUGGGGCGACGGCUUCCUGCUGGUGGUGUCGCUGACGAGCCCCGAGUCCGUGCGCGCGGCCGAGCUGAUGCACGCAUGGCUGCAGGACAGCGCACCGGGAAAACCCCUUGCCCUGGCGGCUACCAAGAGGGACCUUGUUCAGGCGCGGGCCGUCAGUUCGCACGAAUUGGCGGAGCUCGCCGAAAGGUGGCACUGCGCCCUCUACGAGACAGCCGCCACGGGAGACUACGAGGACGUGGCCCGGCCAUUCCUGGAGCUGGCGCGACGGGCCAGAACCCUGAAGGCGCGCCGGCAACUGUUCCCAAACAUGGCGCCAGAGCCGGUGUCGCCGCCACCGGGCGCCGACGGUUCCAAGAGACCCUACAGAGCGAGGCAGCUCACCAAGUGACCCCCCUCCCGAACCGAGCGACCGAGUCACAGCCAGCGCCUCCUAGAUAGCGCGAGGCCUGUUCACUCCGAUCCGUGACGUCACGCUACCUGGCCCGAAAUCUCAACUGCCAAGGCUGGCGUGACGAAAGCGGCGGACGUCGAAAUCACUGCGGCUUACUCGGUAGCAUCCCCGUUAGAUUCCAUGGCAUUUAAGCAAGGUAUCGUGACGUCAUGGAUCGGCGUGAACAGGCGUUGGCGCAGCUGGGUCCGGGCGGGCAUACGAACCACACGCGCGCCGAGCGAUCGCUUGAAGAAACUUCAUUCCUCUGCCUAUAGACCCACACUAAAGUUCAAGCGACGCCUGGUGCGCCACACCUCCACAACGAAAUGGAUGAAUAAACUGAAAGCAGCAUGGCCACAGUGUCGAAGUUCUCGUCCGACUAAUGCUAAAUAGUGUAUGGGUGUGCGAACAUUCGAAACUUUCGAAUGACGAAUCGAAUACUGCCCUACUCGAUUCGGUCUUCGAUUCGGAUAGUCACUGUUUGAAAAAUUCCGUGAUUGUUUUCGGAUACUUCGAGAAUAUUUAAAAUCGCCAAUAGUGCUCGAUCAAGCAUCAAAAAUGGACCAAAUAUUCGACAAAUUUAAUGCUGGCGGCCGUGUAUAUAGCAGAUAUCAAACACAAGUUUCGUAGUGGAACUCGCUACGUCGUUCGGAGAGUCAUCAUUUUCCUGCGAACCCGCCAUCAUGCGAACUGGCCAAUAAGUGCUGAGUACAGGAAUGAAA